CAACAGGAUUAAAGGAGCCAUUAUACACCACUUACGCAGGCAAAUCUCCUUUAUAUAUUCUCCCACUCAGUCAGUUGGUUUGCGCUCAUCAAAACUCAUCAAGCAAACUGCAAAAGAGCUAAGAAAAAAAUAAGAGAGCAAAAGGAAAAUGUCAAAAUCAGCAGAAGAAGAGCACCCACAAAAAGCUUUUGGUUGGGCAGCCAGAGAUAACUCUGGAAUCCUCUCCCCUUUCCGUUUCUCCAGAAGAGAUAAUGGUGAGGAUGAUGUCACCUUAAAAGUUCUUUAUUGUGGAGUUUGCCAUUCAGACCUGCAUAUCGCUAGAAAUGACUGGGGUUUUACCCAUUACCCUGUUGUUCCUGGGCAUGAAAUUGUUGGCGUUGCAACAAAAGUUGGGAAAAACGUGAAGAAAUUCAAAGUGGGUGACCGGGUUGGGGUUGGGGUUAUGGUUGGCUCCUGCAAAACAUGUGAAUGCUGCCAGCAGGACUUGGAGAACUACUGCCCUCGUAUAAUAUUUACCUAUAACUCUCAUAAUCCGGAUGGGACAAGAAAUUAUGGUGGUUAUUCAGAUAUGAUCGUGGUUGACCAGCGCUAUGUGCUUAGGUUUCCUGAUAACAUGCCACUGGACGCGGGAGCACCAUUAUUAUGUGCUGGGAUCACAGUGUACAGCCCUAUGAAAUAUUAUGGAAUGACUGAGGCAGGCAAGCAUUUGGGUGUUGCAGGACUUGGUGGGCUUGGUCAUGUUGCUGUGAAGAUUGGUAAGGCCUUUGGUUUGAAAGUUACUGUCAUUAGUAGCUCCCCGAGUAAGGAGUCUGAAGCAAUCAAUAGACUUGGUGCUGAUUCAUUCCUUGUCUCUAGUGAUCCUGCAAAAAUGAAGUCAGCUAUUGGCACCAUGGACUAUAUCAUUGACACAGUGUCUGCAGUUCAUCCCCUGCUUCCACUGCUUAGUCUGCUGAAGGUGAAUGGAAAAUUGGUCACUGUGGGAUUGCCCAAUAAGCCACUUGAAUUGCCUAUUUUUCCUUUAAUUUUGGGACGGAAGCUUGUUGGAGGAAGUGAUAGUGGAGGGAUGAAAGAAACACAGGAGAUGCUAGACUUUUGUGCCAAGCACAAUAUCGCUGCGGACAUUGAGCUGAUUCGGAUGGACGACAUCAACACAGCUAUGGAAAGGCUUACUAAAUCUGAUGUCCGAUACCGUUUUGUGAUUGAUGUGGCUAAUUCCUUGUAGCAGCAGGUUCAUUGCUAACUGGCAAGUCCAGAUGGUAUAAUAAAUUCAAAGAUUAUGGUCUAAAUAUGCUUUAUCCAAGAGGACAAAACUGAUGAAUUUUGAUGACUUGGACUUAUUAUGUUGGUUCCCUGCUCCUUAGCACUCUCAUUUGUUUUAUUCCAGCUUAAAAGAACCUAAUUCAUGUACUUCUAUUUCAUUAAA